AAACAGAAAAUCUGGUUGUGUGAAAUUUUUUGCUCGUCUCCCGAAAAACUUAACAAGGAAAUUGUACUCAAGUAUUGCAGGCCAUAAACCCUGGAGAUACCUUGUUCUUUUUUCUUUCAAUGCUACUACAUGCUGAAGACUUGCAACUAAGCAUGAGAAUGAGUAUGGACGAGGGCGCUUGUACCAUAAAUCCUUUUAGCCCCCCUAGCCCCUUCCUAAUUUGGGAUGUUUUAGAGGGGCUUAAUUGAAGUGGCCUGGAGCAUAUGGGCAGGUUGCUGAUGAAAAUUCCAAAGAGAAAACAUGACCCCAUUUGUGAGGAUAUUUAAGCUCAAUUACCUGAAAAGCAGCAGUAGCGAAAACUGAACGCAUCUUCCACUGAAUGUUUUCGCAUGGGAGACAAUUUUGGCUUCUGACCUGUCUUGGUUGCACGGUCAGCCUCUUUCCCAUCCAACUUUCGUAUAGAAAAACGAGAAACAUUACGUGGAGCAAAAACACAAACACAUAUUUUUGUCACAAAGUUGGUUAGAUGUUAAAAUAUUACUAGUGAAGAUACUACACUAUUUAGAAUUUUUUUGGAUUGAGGCAAUCUGUUAUUUGAAUAUCAAUUGGUUUGAUUUUGGGCAUAAAGGAAAAAACAUGGUGAAAAUAAUUGACGGGGAAAUCGUACAAGAUGAUGACCCACGGGCGAUUGAGUGGGAAAGACAGCAACGACAGGGACAAGGCUGGAAUGAUCCACGUCUUAGAAACAGUAGAAAUAACUCUAAGCAACAGUCAACAACGCAAUCACCUGCUGGUGCGUUUGGAAGGAUGGGACAAGGCCCGAUGGCACAAGGACAAGCGAAUCCCCAACAAGGGGCAUCGCCGUUUCAGGCACUCAACGAAAAGCUCAGUGAUUUUGGACUAAGGCCGUGGAAUGUUGGAGAUCAUGUAAUUGAACCGAUAUUUCAAGUAGCGCUUAUUUUAGCACUUGUGUUCUUUGGAUUUCAGGGACUUAUCGUUGUAGGGGUCUUAUGGUAUAUGUUUGGAAGGACCCCAAGGCAUGCAUAGUAUAUGUAUAGAAGUUGUAUUUUUACCUUAAUUUAGGAUCUAAAAACUUUCUUUAUAACAAUUAAAACAUUCCGUCCAGCUAUCAAAUAAAUUUUAUUAAUCAUCUAGGUAAAAUUUCACUUUAAAAAUGUAUAAAUAAAAUCACAAGUGUUCAGAGAGUUUUGUCUACAAUGUAGCUUUGAUAGAAAAAUGCCUUAAGCAUUUUUUAUCUUUCCCAUUGAUUCUUUGAUUAUUAAUCUACAUAAAAUCAAUUGUUCGUGUCCAGUUCUUCUGUCUGUUUUGCAAUUCAGAUUUGAAAUGUAUUCACAAUUCAGACAAAGGAACUGGACAUACUUUUAAACGCAAUUGAUGAUAUUCAGAUGAAUAGUAGUGUAACUGAACCAAACUUUUUCAAAAGAAAAGGAUUAGUCACUCUAUCAUGUUUUAUUUGCAUCAAUUGUGCAGGUCAUUAAAAAGUUAUUUUACAUAAAUUGUAGCAGACCUUAUGAAAUAUAAAAAAUGUUGUCAUAACUAUCAUUUUGCCCCCUUUUCUGUGAGGCCACCUUCUUUGCAGGGUAAAUAUUGACAAAGCAAGUACCAUUAGAAAGCCAGUUUUUGUUACAGAAAUUAUUUUCUUAGGCCAACUUAUAGGAAAGUACAAUAUGGCUAGUUUUUUAUUCUCAUCAGGCAAAGAAUGAGAUACAACUUUUUGUUGGGGAGGGGGGGGUGAACUGAAGGUGAGAAACCAAAUCAAGAACUGAACAAGACUCAAUUAGGUGAUUGUGUUUUAGUUUUAGUUCAUGAGGUCCACAUAAGAACAUACAAGGGGUUCACUAGUUUCCAACCACAGUUAAUUACCAAUUCAAUUCACAAAUCAUGCUUUCCUGUGGUUGUUGAAAAAACGCACCAUGUUACGUUAAGAAUAAUAACUCAGAUAAAACUCAAUAAAGAAGAUUGUGUCUUUGAAAGUUAUCACUAAUCAUUAUUUUAACUCUUCAACAUAUAAAAAUAAAUCCAAUUCACAACAAAUGUGAUAAAAUUGAAGCAAAAACUACAUGUUUUCUUCUAUGCCUUUAACACUUUCAAGAAGACGAUGCUUAUUGCCUUUCCAUCCCCAUCUGGAAAAAAUUUCUUUACAAUAUUUGCUUUUCCAGUGAUGAUGUAUUCCUAUUUCUAAACUUCAGACAGA